AUGGGGUAUAGAUUUCACCCAACGAACAAAGAGCUACUGAAAUAUCUGUUAGGGUUUGCGAUAAACAAGCCAUUUCCACAACAAUAUCAAUUCAUGCAGCUUGUAAAUCUCUACGCAGACAAGGAGCCAUGGGAGCUUUUUGACGGCACCAAGAACAACACUGGUUACUUCAUCACUCAACACAAUAAAGAGAAGGAGCAGCAUGUAAGAGUUAAACGUACAGUGGGGAUCAAUGGAACAUGGAAGCUACAAGGCAAAGUGAAUAAGGUGUUUGACGAUCAAGGGAAACUCAUGGGGUACGUCAAGAAUUUGAAGUACAAACCCCAUCCCCACCAUAAAAAAUCUUCAGACAACCCUAACGGGGAAUGGUUGAUGACCGAAUAUUUAUUGUAUGAUCGUUAUGUGGAUCCUCAGAAAAUUAAGAACAAGGGUUUUGUAGUGUGUAAGAUCAAGAAGAAGGAAGAAAAACACGGCGAUAACAAACAAGGAGUUAAUAACGAUGAGGACGCUGAUGAGUAUAUUGAUUCAGUUCUACAAGAUGAAGAAGACAUUAGUAUUAUUAAUGAGAAUAAUGAAUAUCUAGAGGGAGAUGAAGUAGAGGAGCAUAUACUUGCUAUAUUAGGUUAG